CGUUUCCGCCACGUCUUUCCUCUUCCGGCCUUGGGAGACCCGGUGCGGGCUGCUUGCGGAAGGCGGCGGGAGCCAUGGCGAUGUUUGAGCAGAUGAGAGCGAACGUGGGCAAGUUGCUCAAGGGUAUCGACAGGUACAAUCCCGAGAACCUGGCCACGCUGGAGCGCUAUGUGGAGACGCAGGCCAAGGAGAACGCCUAUGACCUGGAAGCCAACCUGGCCGUCCUGAAACUGUACCAGUUCAACCCAGCCUUCUUUCAGACCACGGUCACAGCCCAGAUCCUGCUGAAGGCCCUCACCAACCUGCCCCACACAGACUUCACGCUGUGCAAGUGCAUGAUCGACCAGGCUCACCAAGAAGAGCGGCCGAUCCGGCAGAUUCUGUACCUCGGAGACCUGCUGGAGACCUGUCAUUUCCAGGCCUUCUGGCAAGCCCUGGAUGAGAACAUGGACCUCCUGGAAGGCAUCACCGGCUUUGAAGACUCCGUCCGCAAAUUUAUCUGCCACGUUGUGGGCAUCACUUACCAGCACAUCGACCGCUGGCUGCUGGCCGAGAUGCUCGGGGACCUGACAGACAGCCAGCUGAAGAUGUGGAUGAGUAAGUACGGCUGGAGCGCUGACGAGUCGGGCCAGAUCUUCAUCUGCAGCCAGGAGGAGAGCAUCAAGCCCAAGAACAUCGUGGAGAAGAUCGACUUUGACAGUGUGUCCAGCAUCAUGGCCUCCUCCCAGUGACCGCCAGGACGAAUAAAGAGCUGCUGAUCGAGCCCUGCUGUGCUCUGCUCUGUGGCCACCCGCGCCGCCAGGGGGCUUCUCUCUCCCCUUUGACUUCUCCCCUGCGCCUCCCUCUCCAAGCCUGUGUUCCCCUGUCUGGGGGGGUGAGGUGGGCGUGAGGAUUCCAGGGCUUCGAUCAGGGCCUCCUGGCCUUGUUCUUGGGAACGUGGGUCCUUGUUCAUUUCAGGCUCAAAGACCCAGCAGCCAGGUUGCAGACAAAGCCUCGCCUCCCGGAAGUGGGUCUACAGCUCUCACGGAGGAGAGGGGAGCCGGGGGAGAGGACAGGGGCCGCCCUUUGAGCAAGGCACUUCUCCCAAGUCCCAGCCUGGUGCUGUGGGGCCCUGCUUCUGUCACUCGAUCCCUAGAUCCCAAGGUAUUUGAGGCAUCUGUCCAAGUGACCUCUGAGCCUGCUGUGUGCAGGGUGAGGGGGUGGGGCCUACAGGGAGGAACGCCACGGCGCUGCCCCCCAGCACUUCCUCUCGUCCUGUGGAGGGGGCGGCCUUCCCUGCGGCCCCAGUCACCCCACAUUCCUCAAGAGGAGCCAGGGUGGGGCAGGCAACCUUUGCCCUGGGUCCAGGCCUGAGCACUGCCAGGAACUAGGAAGGGCCCCAACCCUGGGUCGGAACAACAGGUACUACUGCACCAGAGGCAACAGGAGACAGGGGGGCCGGGGUGGGGGCUGUUACCCACCCAGGUGUUUGUGCAGAUUAGCAGCAGGCCCCCCCUCUGGGUGCGGACGGCUUUUGUCACGCCCUUGGCAGGUGUCCUGUGCAUGACACAACCUGCACAACUGGCCAUGGCUGUUCUGCAGGACAGAGGGGAUGACCUUUACCUCCUUUGGAAGCCUUUUUUUUUUUUUUUUAAAGCAGCCGUGCGCUCUCCUAAUUCCUAUAACAGCUGGGACUGGAGCCCGGAGCUCAGUGGAGGUCCCCCAUGUGAGCAGUGGGAACGCAGCGCCCACCACCGCCUCCCGCCUCCCACCUCUCAGGGUUGCAGGAGCAGAAAGCUGGAGUCAGGAGGCAGAGCUGGAACAGAAGCAGGCACCCCAGUGUAGGAUGUGGGCAGUCGCCCCAGCCCCAGCCCUGCCAGACGCCCGCCCCUGGAGGCCGUAUCUUCACCUGCUUGGUGGCCUGUCCUCUGACAGCAAAGAGGGCUAGCCUUGGGGAAACACUGAGCUCAAGCCCCUGGCUUCGGGCACAUUAGCUCGCCUCUCCGUACCCAGCCUCCCACCCAGGGAAAGUAGUUGUACUCGCUUCAUUAGCGCGAGUUAACAGCUGCGGACUUCACCCUGCACCUGCGUGUUGUGAGCCGUCAUAAACCCACGGCUGCCUCAGAUUCCAUCCCGGUCCGGUCCCGCCCCGGGCUCCAGGCUGCUGUUGCAGCUGCUCCCAGAAUCACCUGCUGACAUCCAGCACCAUCUCGUUCCCCACGGGGAGGGCACAGCCCUGGGUCCACCUCCCCCAGGUAGUGCUGACGGCGGGGUUCAGCGAUUAGUGAGUUCUGCUGGAAGCUUCAAGGAACGGCAAACUGUAGCUGCUGGACUCCACCCUGCCCUGGAGCCCCUCCUGGUCCUCCCGCCGCCAGCCCUGCCCUGCCGCCAUUGGACCCCCGGUAGACCCCUCAGCUGUUACCCCUGUUCUGGCUGCAAAGGGUGCACAAGGCCAGCAAUUAAAGGCAGAUUUUUCAAUUUUUUUUAAAUAAGG